AUGAAGCGCAAGGCGCCGAGCAGCGGCGUGCGCGGUGGGGUGUCGCUGAGGGUCCCCAUCGACGUCAACGGCGACCGCAUCAGCGCCCUCAUAGACACGGGCGCCAGCGUCACGCUCAUGUCCAGCGACGUGUAUCGCCGGGGCCGCGACGGCCCGCUCAACUCUUCCGACGCCGUUCUCCGCACCGCUGAUCAGGGUGUGCUCAAGGUGCUCGGAACGACCGACUGCCUCUUCACCAUCGGCACGGCGCAGCUUCGUCACAGCGUCAUCGUCGUUGAUCGCCUCGCCCAUGCUGUGCUGCUGGGUGCCGACAUCCUCAGCGCCAUGCGCGCCCUCGUUGACGUUGCCGAUCGCUGCCUAAUCCUGCCAGAGGGCAACGCCGUGCAAGCGGACGUCAACGCAGUGGACACCGCUGAUGCACCCACCCAAGUCGCUGCGUCGAUGCUCUCGCGCGGCCAACAGCACCAGCUCCAGCGGCUGCUCGAGGAGUUUAAGGACGCGUUCGCCAAGCCUGGAGAGCCCUUGACCAAGGCCAUGCUCCCCAGCAUGCGCAUCGAGACAGGCGACACACCACCUGUAGCACGCCGCCCCUACCGCCUCUCUCACCACGAGAGCGAGGUGGUCGAGCGCAUCGUCAAGGACCACAUCGCUGCUGGCAUAGUGCGUCCGUCCUUCUCGCCAUGGGCGUCCCCCGUGAUCCUCAUCAAGAAGAAGACAGGCGAGUACCGGCUUGUCGUUGACUAUCGCCGCUUGAACGCCGUCAGCGUUCCCGACGCUUACCCGCUCCCGCGCCUGGACGACACCCUGGAGGCCAUGGCGGGUGCCAAGUUCUUCAGUAGCCUGGACCUGGCCUCUGCGUACCACCAAGUACCGCUGCACCCCGACGACUGCUCCAAGACCGCCUUCGUCACCAAGAACGGUGUGUUUGAAUACACCGUCGUCCCCUUCGGUCUGCGCAAUGCACCGGGCCAUUUCCAGCGCUGUAUUAACACCGUACUCGCUGACGUCGCCGGUGUGAGCAUGUACCUGGACGACAUCGUCAUCUUCUCGCCGACCUUCGACGCUCAUCUGGCCACUCUGCGCACUGUCCUCGAGCGCCUUCGUGCGGUCAACCUACAGCUGCGGCGCGACAAGUGCAGCUUCAUCCAGGACGAGCUGGAGUAUCUCGGGCACCUGGUGUCCAAGCACGGGGUCAAGCCCAACCCGGCCAAGAUCGACGCCAUCUUCAGCAUGCCGGCGCCCAAGGACGUGCGCGAGCUGCGCGCCUUUCUCGGCAUGGCUGGGUUCUACCGCCGUUUUGUCGACAAGUUCGCCGAGAUCGGGGCACCGCUGUACGCGCUACUUCGUGACGGCACUGAGUUCAAGUUUGGCGAGCCGCAGCAGGUGGCGUUCCGUCGCCUGAAGGCUGCGCUCGCCUCGUCCCCGGUGCUGGUCUACCCUGACUUCGCCCGCCCGUUCACCCUCGCCACCGACGCAUCCGGUGUGGGUCUCGGUGCUGUGCUGCAGCAGCGCCAGGACGGCGACGGCAAGCUUCGCCCCGUCGCCUUCAUCUCGCGCGUACUGAACAAGGCUGAACGCAAGUACUCAGUGACAGAGCAGGAGUGUCUUGCGCUGGUCUGGGCGGUCAAGAAGUUCCGCCCCUACCUCCAUGGCCAGCGGUUCACCGUCGUCACCGACCACCGCGCCCUGCAGUGGCUUCGCAACCUCAAGGACCCGACUGGCCGCUUGGGCCGCUGGGCGCUCGCCCUUCAGGACAUGGACUUCGACGUCGUUCACAAGCCAGGCACAGAGAACCCCGACCACCGCUGA